AUGCCCGUCUUCCUUGUUCCCUCGGAGGCCGCCUUCAAUGCACGCUUCGCCCGCCCUCUCCUUGCCACACGCGACUCGAAGACCAGUGCGCAGCUGCAGCGAGCAGGUGAUCAUUUCUGGCCUAAUGAAUGUGGAAGAGCGAAACUCUACGAGACCUUUUCAAAAACACUCGAAGGACAGGAAGCGCUGAAGUACCUCUUGGCGGUUUGCAACCAUCCUAGUCUGGCGCUUCCUCUCGAGCAUCCUCUCUAUGACUGGGCGUUGGAGCAUUGCACUGACAAAAGUGCUGGUCUGGACGACUUCCAUAAAGUUCAUACAAGUUGUUUAAAAUAUCACUGA